UCUUGAUUAAUUCUUGCUACCGGCAGACUUGACAGUAUGACAAAGACUGGGGACUGAUCAUUGUAGCCACAGAGCCCAGGGUACCCUGCACUCACCAACGGGCCAGUUGAUGCUCCUCUCAGAGGCCAAGGGCCAUGACCAUCAUGCAACCUUGGGUAGCCAUCUCCAGCUUCAUACUACUUCUGACGGAUGCUGUAGUUUCUUACACUCAAGUGAUUGGAGUGGUGGGUCAUUCCGCCAUGCUACCCUGCACCUACUCAACAGCUAAUGGAGUCACAACCAUGUGCUGGGGCCGGGGGCCGUGUCCCAUGUCCCAUUGCUCAGAUGAACUGGUCUGGACUGACGGAUCCCAUGUCACUGUUCAGAAGCACCCGCGUUAUAAGCUAAAGGGAAACAUUUUAGGAGGGAACGUGUCUUUGACCAUAGAGAACGUGGCCCAGACUGAUAGAGGUCUGUACUGUUGCCGUGUUGAGCACAAGGGGUGGUUCAAUGAUAUGAAACUCACCAUCUCAUUGGAGAUAAUGCCAGCUGAGGUCACCAGUGUUCCAACGUCACCUAGGGUCUUUACCUCUACUUCUUCAACGCCAGCACCCAUGCAGAACCUCAAGUCAGUAGCUACCUCGUCUUCUACAGUGCAGACAGCAGGAACCCAGCCCACUGUGCCACCACAGGAAACGAGCACAAGGCAAUCCACCAAUUUACCACUGUACUCCUGUCCAACAGAUGGGAAUGGCACUGUGACACAGUCUUCAGAUGGCCUUUGGCAUAGCAAUCAAACUCAUGUGUUGCUGGCACAAAAUCCAUGGAUGACCACCAGUAAGGGACUCUACAUUGGCAUCUGCAUUACUGCUACGGUAUUGCUCUCUGUGCUGGUUGUCGUGAUUACCAAAAAAUACUUAUGCAUAAGAAACAAGCUGGAACAACUAAACAUGGUUUCGUUGAAUGACUCUCGGACUGGAGCUUUGCAAAGUGCAGCUGAAGUGGGUGUCCGAGCAGAAGACAAUAUCUACAUUAUCGAGGACAAUCUUUAUGUCAUGGAUUAAGACCCAGUGGCCCUCUGAGGAUUUAUGUCCUUGACUGCAGAAGACAGUGACAAGAUAUCACCAUGUCAGAGUUCUUUUAAGCUCUAGAAUGAUUUUUCUGUCAAUUUCCAAUGAUAUUCUAACAUGUCAGUUAUGUUGGGUAGAGUGACUUGGUUUUAUCUGUGUACAGUCAACCUCAUUGGUCAUAGAGUUUUAAUUUUUUGUGCUAAAACUUUUUCAAUCUUUCUCCCAAACAUGAACACUGUAGAAUUACAUAUUCUCACUGGUGAGACAGGAGAAGAACUACCACCUUGGUCACCAAAGCUGUCAAGAAGAGCAGAGUAGGAGUUAAAAUCAGUAAAUCUGAUUUGGGACUUAAAGGACUUCACUUGGAAGCAUUUCAUGAUAAUCUCUUGUUUUUUACCUUGUAACUCCAAAUGUUAUAUUUCUUAGGUUCCCCAAGGCUUUCAAAUCACAGGGUUACACAGGUCUUUAUUUCCCCAUGGGGAAAUAGAAGUGAAUGUGAUUUUGCCAUUAUAGGUCAAUCUGAUUUCUCAUGGCUCUGGAAAUAUACCAUAUUAAGGCUUUCCCUGGACCCAAAGUGGGUAUUUUAGCAGUUAGAAGAAACUAAGGUAGUAAGUGGACCAAGUAGAUACCAGGGAAAGAUAAUCAGUUGCCAUAUGAUUUAUUGCAUGCUAUUUCUCCUACAUCUGUUCCACAGUUUCAAGCACUUGUAUAGACAAUUGCCAUGCUCUCUGAACUAAUUUUUAGAAUGAGGCAGGGCAGAAAUAAAUAGAA